AUGUCUUCACUCACUGAAACGCAAGCACUGCCGACAACGGCCGAAAAGCCGCCUGUCGCUGCCAUCCCGGAACAUGGAAAGAUUCUCGAUAUUGGUGGCAGUGCUCUGAAGUAUUCUAGCAUCGACAAGCUCAAGGAAACACUAUAUGCCAUCGCUGCAUCGAGAGAAGUGCCAACGCUGCCUGACGAGCUGCUAUAUGACGACGUGGGCCUGCUCAUGUGGAACAAAAUCAUGACCAUUCCACAAUUCUACCAGACCCAUGAUGAAACAGCCCUCUUCGACCUCAACAGCUCCGAGAUUAUUCGUCAAGUCCCUGAUCAUGUCACAAUGAUUGACUUGGGUUCAGGUGAUACGAACAAGGUCGACCACUUUCUCGCCGAGUUCGAACGCAGGAAAGUCCAUGCCACGUACCUUGCUCUCGACAUUUCCAAGACCUCGCUAGACGAGAGCAUAGCUAGCUUGACCGCUAGCCACUCUAGCCCUGAUUCAGUCGUCAAUUGCGGCGGCUUUUGGGGUACAUUCGAGAACGGACUGCAGCACAUGGGCAGGAUUACAGGCCCUCGUCUAUUUCUGUCCCUCGGUUCCGUUCUGUGCAACGAUCCUUGGCCGACCGCGCUAGGCCACCUUAGAAGAUGGGCCGCCGAGCUCCGGCCGGAGGAUCGUUUGCUGAUUGGCAUGGAUGGUCACCUUGUUGCUGGCAGCCGGGACAAGAUCUGGACCGCCUACCAUUCCUGCGAUGAUAUGUUCCGCGAAUUCUUUCUGAAUGGUCUGAAAAACGCAAACAAGCUUCUCGGAUAUGAGCUUUUUAGAGAGAAAGAUUGGGAUUUCGAGGCUGAGUUGGAGGAGAAGCCAACAACGCGCCAUCGAUUCUUCAUGCGUGCCAAUAAAGACGUCCCACUACAGGAAGGCGGAAAGAUGAUUUCCAAGAGGCAAGAAAUUGACUGGUUUGACUCUCACAAGUACGAGGAGCAAGAUGUCCGGCUCAUGUGUAGUAAAGCUGAGCUGACUGUCCUUCAGUCUUGGGCAGCACCAGGCUCUGAAUUCCGCCAAUACCUUGUGCGCACCAGGGGCGAGUGCGAUACUAUCGAGAAUGGUGACAGCGGCAUUGCCGGCGUUAUCUAA